AAUAAUUAUAAAAGACUAGUUGAUUAUGAUAAGGAAAGAAACCAGCAUUUAGCAAACCUAGUCCGGUUUCAAGACUAUCUAAAGAAUUUAGAGCAAGAAAAAGAAAAUUAUUUAAUCAACAUUCAAGAAGCUUUAAAUACUGAAAUACCUGGCAUUGAAGAAUUAAGAAAAAAGACAAGGCAACAAAAAGAGAUUGAAAAAAUUCUUGCCAAGGAAAUUAAAGAAUACCAAGCAAAAUGGAAACAAUAUUUAGCCACUAAACCCUUGCCUGAAUUGUCUCAAAAACAAAACAAAAUAAAAGCCUUAG